UGUAUAUAAAGAGUAUAGUAUAAAAUGUGAUAUUAAUGUUUAUAUCUCCUCACUAGGUGAGGAUAGUGGCAUGGCUGACGAACUAUACAAAAAGGUGCGUAUUCUUUGCUGGGUGAUGACUGGACCCAACAACCUGGAGAAGAAGGCUCGGCAUGUAAAGUCCACGUGGAGUCGCCACUGCAAUGUUGUGGUCUUCAUGAGCUCUGUGGAUGACCCUGACUUCCCCACGGUGGGCUUAGGUACAAAGGAGGGUCGGGACCAGCUGUACUGGAAAACGAUCCGGGCCUUCCAUUAUGCCUACGAACAUCAUGGCAAUGAGGCAGAUUGGUUUCUCAAGGCAGAUGACGACACCUACGUAAUCGUGGACAACCUGCGCUGGGUUCUUUCGAAUCACACGCCGGACGAGCCAAUUUACUUUGGCCGAAGAUUCAAGCCCUACACUAAGCAGGGCUACAUGAGUGGCGGUGCGGGCUAUGUGUUGAGCAAAGAGGCUCUGCGGCGAUUUGUAGAGGGAUUUAAAAACAAACUGUGCACUCACACUACCUCUGUAGAGGACCUGGCAAUGGGGCAGUGCAUGGAGAAAGUUGGGGUGCUGGCAGGGGACUCCAGAGACACUGUGCACAGGGAGACAUUUCACCCAUUUGUCCCCGAGCAGCACCUUACUGCGAAGUUUCCCAAGAGCUUCUGGUAUUGGAGCUACUGCUACUACCCUAUCUCAGAGGGUCCAAACUGCUGCUCGGACGUGUCGGUGUCAUUCCACUACGUAGAUGCUUCACACAUGUAUUUAAUGGAGUACUACACGUAUCACCUACGUGCCUUUGGCUACAGAUACCGUUACGAGCCACCAACCCCCCUGGGCUACAAUAUUGAGCAGUCAAGUUCCAGCGAUGCUGCAAAAGGAAAAAAAGAGCUGACUUCUAGGGAGAAAGGGCAAGUAGAGGGGAAUGAUCCGUCCAGGACUGACAAGAGACAGGAUGCAGAUCCCCCACCUGCCGCUGGUAAAGAACCUCCUGCUGCUCCAGCAGGAAAAUAACAGUAUGACUGUGGGGGUGCAUGAAGGGACUGGAUCUCAUUAGGUAGGCGGUAUGUGUAUUCUGUGUGUUUGCUUAAUCAUUCUGAUAAUCUUUACCCACUUUGAUUCAAAAUGUCCCCACAUACAAGUAGGGCUGGGUACCGAAGUCAAUACUUUUUGGGCCUUGACCGACUUGCCUCUAAAGUAUCGAGUAUCGAAAAAUGCCUCGCAUUCAAUAUCCAAUUUCAAUACACAAGGACUAAAUCUCAUCAGCGUGAGUGAGCCAACAAGCAUGCAGCAUGCCUCUACCAAGAGCUGAUAAUGUUUGUGAUUGGCUGUCUAACGUUACACAUUGUAAAGGCAGGCAGGAAAAACUCUACGUUACGCACAGAGACAGGGAAAAAUAAAUGAAAAGAUUCAACGUGACAUCAUGACUUCGCGUAAACAUACACGCCACUUUCUAAAGCCAAGUUAUCUGCGUGUAUGUCUACGCCGUACACAGCUGACGGGUUGCAGGACAACAACGGCACGGUUACGUUUAGGAAGAGAAGAAAGGGACGGUUGGGUUUAGUAAAAAAAGAACGCAACGGUUGGGUUUAGGAAAUGUGACACGUGAGACACAAUCCCCGGUCUCCUGGGUGAAAGUCCUGUGUUUGACCCAUCCACCUCCCCAACCAACCUCCCUAUGCGAAUUUUCGGCCUUUCAUACUACUCGCUACCGUUCUUUUCUCAGGAGAACGUGGCGUAAAUUGACAUGCAAUCGCAAGGUAAUGUAAGUCAAUGGAGGCCAAACGGCGUUGAUAAACACGCUAAAAAGCGAUUAUGCGUCUUGAUAACACACCAAAAUGGCAUACUAAUCGGCGUGUCAUACAUACGCCUCUUCUUGAGAUCAGUCUGAAAGAUUUGUGCGGUAAUGUGUAAUGUAAUUUCUUUUUGUUUUAUAAAAUUGGUAUCGAAAAAAAGUAUCGUUUAGGAACCGGUAUCGAAGUCACAGUAUUGGUAUUGGUAUUGGUCAUUUUUGAACGAAACCCAGCCCUACAUGAAAGCGUGUUGCUGAAGGACUGUUACUAAUGUGAAAUGUGACUGCCAGACUGGUCUUAAGGAAAAGAGGAAGAAUGUUGCCCUUGUUUUCAGGUUUUUUAGGUGGUUUUUACAACCGAACGUCUUCUUUAGAAAUCAGGAAAAGCUUUCUGUGGGCUGCAUUCAUUUGUAAACUAACUAAAGCACCUUUUUAAUCCAUAUGGACCUGUUAUGGGAAAGUAUUUUCCAGAGAGAAGUUAAAUAAGAUUUUGCCAAUGUUUUAUCCCUUCUAGACUAUUGCAAACCCACCAAAACACCUGAUCUUCUACUCUCUACAGCGAGGUAGUUCUUUGUUUGCUGGAGUUGUUUGAUUACAUUCUACACAGACUAUAGGCCUUGGAAAAUGUUUAACCCCCCUUUUGUUUAUAGGUGACAUAGGUAUUUCUUUAGAGCAUAUCACAGUUUUCUGCAUUCCAAACUUGUUUCGGCUGCAUUCAAGCAUUUAUACGAUACAGGCAUAGUGUUAUGUUACAUACAUGUUCCGUGUCUGUUUUUAUUUGGUUCUAUUCUGCAGUAGCUCUAAGAAGAUUGAUUUCAUGUAAAGAUUUUUUUAAUACUAAAUAAAAUAAUAAACAAUAAACUAAUAAUAAGUUUUAUUAACACAACUAGGGCUGCGACUUACUAUUCUUUUAUUAUAUUUAUUACUGAAAAAAGUCUUCAAACAGCUUGUUUUUCCAACCAACAGUCAAAAAACAUAAAAAUGAUCAAUUAAGACAAAGAGAAGCCGCAGAUCUGCUCGAGAGAAGCUGGACCUACGUAAUGUUUGAAUUAUUGAAAAAACAAAACAAUUUAUGCAUCAUCAAAAUAGUCAAUGUUUUGUCAUAAUUUUAAUUGAUUAAUCGACUAAUUGUUUCAGCUACAUAAACGUCAUUAUGGAAGGCAAUUUAAACUGAUCUUGCAGCCUUAAUUAAGUGCGAUGGAAAAAGGUAACUACAUCACAUGCAUUCAUGUUUCCCUAUGGUUAAUAGACUUAAACUGAUGUGACCACGAUGCUUUAAAUGAAAAGUUCAAAUGACUAAAUUUUUAAAAUCCAGCCAAAGAUUUCCAUGAAGGAUGAUGACGCAACUGAAACGGACUUAUUUGUGGUCCUGGUGACGUAAAUCUGGGUGUUUCUCAUUUAUUUGUUUAGUUGGUGUGUAUAUUGAGUUAACUGAAAACUUUCAGGAUGUUUGUCCGCAGCUUUAUGUUAGUGUGAUCUGGAAUAUGUAUUUAGUGGUUUGACCUUCAGCCAGAAAAGGAAACCGGUUAGUCAGCUCUCUCUUUCUUAGGAAUGAAAUACACCCUUCUUCUACCCGUGCUUCCUGGAUCUGGCACUAGAUACACACACUUCACAGUUCCCCUCAUCUCCCCUGAAUGGACUCAUCAGCUUGUGCCUUUUGUAAAUUUGAGAUCGUAUGAGCCAUCAGCUGCACACAUGACUUUGCACUGUGACAUUACCAUGACGAGAGUGACGCUUUCAGAUGGAGUAUAAUUUUAUUGAAUCCUUCCAAUGUAAUAAGUAUGGCCUUUGGGCAUGCCAGCAAAUCACUUGUUAAUCAUAGUGGGGUUUUUUUUAAUACAAUUUUAGUUUCUACAAUGAUGUGUCAUUUUUUUAUUCUGUGUGGGCCAGACCUUUUGUUUUAGUACAUUGUGUAUAAGCUUAAGUUUAAAAGCAUUAACAGUUCCUGUACUACUUUGAAACCAAACAAAAAAAUAAUAAUUUUGUGGGUGAUACAGUAAUUACCAAAUAGAGAAACUGGCUUCAGGAUUCAGGCAGGAUUCCGUGAUGAUUCAGACUAAACAUAUUUUUUGUUCAUGUGAAAAUUUAAUACACUUUGAGUGUUAUAAUUGCUGUUUUUUUUAACCACAUAAACAUCCCACUCUCCAAGGUAAACAAUGUAUGAGGUAACUAAUGCCUAUCAAAAUGCCUUUUGUACAUGUUUACACUCAGUUUCUUUCUGUACAUGAGCACAGAGAAUGUUCGGUUUGUUUUUUUUCUAUUAAAAUGGAAAGGUCCAGUUUAAACCAAAUCAGCAUGUUUUACAUAAUGGUUUCCUUUUGAAAUAAUUGAAAUAUGUAAAACAUUUCAGUAGCAAAGGGCUUCAGUGCAUAUUCUUACUCUCAGUCCUGCGGGCCCAAACACAGCUGAUAACCAUCACGUCUGGUUUCUGAUGCCAGUGAUACAACACAUCCAGUCCUCGACAAUCUACUCCAACAUUCAAAUUGUAUCUAAGGGAUAGGUGUACAGUACUGUUUUUAUAUCUGAAAUGUAUUUAUGUUGGUAUUGACAUCUAAAUUGAGGUGUUACACUUUAGUGUGUAAAUGAGUAUUGUGUGAGUUUGUGAGCACACAUGAUCAGUGUGCAGGAUUGUUUUCAGUGAAUGGUUCUUUAAUCACUAUAAAUAAAUGCAUAUUUUAUUGUA